AUGGAUUAUCCAACUCACCAUCAAAUGCUUGUUCCACAAUCAAAUUCUAGAGUAGUUCCUAUACCACAACGUAGGCCUUCUUCAUCUCCCUCACCACAAAGAGAUCGUGAAAGUUCACUACCGAUUACACCUCAAAGGCGAAGUGCAGGAAAUUCUCCAAUGAGUUCAAUAGAAACCAUGGUCACUCAACUUCUUGUUACUACCAAAGCUUUAUUGGAAAGUUUAACUGGUUGGGCGGCGAAACGUGUUAAUCAACAACAGGUUUCUGAUAUAUAUGUAGAACUUGUAAGUGAAUUUAACACUGUUAUGCAAUUAUUUUCUCAAACUGGAGUUGAUAUAAGCGAUUUAACAAAUAUUCCAACAAAUUUAAGAGCAUGCUUAGAAAAGGCAUUGAGCGAGGAGGCUUCACAAAUUUCUUUAGAGAAACAUCUUCCUACAAUUAAAGAAACAAUAGUGUCAUUAUUAAAAGGAUUAAAAGCAAAACAAGCACUAUACAAACAAAUUCAUAAUCCUCCACCUAGGUUUCCUAAUACAGCUGAUCCAAUGGCUGCAUUAAUACAUACCGAAAAUCUUGAACGCCGUGCAUCUAGAAGAUUUUCUGCAUACACCAUGCAAAAAGGGUCAGAUGUAAAUGUUAUUAAAAAUAUUCCAAUUAUAAAUAUUCCAAAAUCUUCAGAUGAAGAAAAGAAAAAAGGGAUUAAAUUAUUUCUUCAAUUAGGCAAUGAAGUUAAAAAAUUACAAUAUGAUGGAGAUAUUAGUAUACCAACGUUAAGAAUAUUAUUUAUUGAAAAAUUUCAAUAUAAUCCGGGAAUGGAUGAUUUUCCUAAUAUCUAUAUAAAAGACCCAAAUGUUGGAAUAAUGUACGAAUUAGAAGAUUUGAAUGAAGUGACAAAUAAUUCAGUGUUGGCUUUAAAUGUUGAAGCCUUAGAACAAAUUAAGAAACAUAUUGAUCAAAAUAUUGGAGAGCUUACUAAAGAGAUUCGAGAGAUAAAGAAAUCAUUUUCAGAGAAUACCAAAUUAUUACGUCAUAAUAGUAUUAUUGCAAAUAACACCCCACCCUCACCACGUCCAAGUGAAUCACAUUUUACACAAUUAGCAAAGAAAGUUUUAGAGAAUGUGAAGAAACAGAAAGAUUCUGAUGAUAAGAAAGUGACAGAAGAGCACGUGUUAAAAGUUGCGAAAGAAAUUAAAGAUCAAUAUGACGAAGUACAAAAUCUUCGAAGAGAUUUAGGAGUGAUGAGACAAGUUUACACUGAGUUUCAAGAAAAUUCUAAAAAAACGUUUGAAACAUUAUUGGUCAGGACAGAAAAAUUUAACAAGGUAGCACUAACGAAAAAUAUUUCAUCUGCAAGAACAUUUAUCGAAGCAGGAAAAGCCAAAGUGGAUAGUAAGACAAGAGCCUUGCUUACCAAGGUUGAUGAUCUUCAAGACCUUAUUGAUAAUCUGAAAUUGGAUGUAGUUCAACGAAGGAGUAAACCUAAAGAUACAAUAAUUCAACAUGUUAAAAAUGAAUCAGCAAGUGUGCGAGAAGAGCUUGCCUCAUUGCAAGAGUAUCUUAAAUCAGUUAAGCCAAUGUGGAAAAAGACAUGGGAAGAUGAGCUGAAUGUGAUUGUUGAUGAACAGAAAUUCCUUAAUCAUCAAGAGGAACUGAUCGAAGAUUUAAUGGAUGAUGAUAAUAAAUUGACAGAAGUAUUUGAACAAAUACUUAAAGUCGUAAAUAUUCAGAUCAAAAACAAAAAAGAAUUUUUUGUCAAACCUCAAGAAGAGGGAUUUGAAGGAUUGAAGACAGUUCUUCAAGAGGUUAAAGGUAUAGCACCAGAUCAUAACAGAAGGUUGAAGGCAUUGGAGCAAGCAGAAAAACAAAGAGAAAUAGAUUUAGCUAAUAGUAUUGAUGAAUUUGAAGCCGAACUUACAUCAUUUGUAUCAGAAAAUAAAUUGAAAAAGACAGGAGGAGCUCAAGAAAUAGAAAGAUUGCGUCAAAAGAAGAAUGAAGAAAAUUUAAAAGCAUUAUUUAGUGCUGAAGCAACAACAAUAACAUCAUCAAUAUCGCCACCAUCAUCAUCAAAAAAUGAAGAAGAUAAUAAUUCAUAG